AUGCUUGCAACAGUUCGACCAGUGGGUGCCAGAAUUGGUCUUGGAUGCAGGGCCUUUGGUAUUUCGGCUGCCCGUCUUGCCACAAAAGCCUCCGAUGUGCCAUAUACUUCGUCGAGAGCUGUGGGCGGUGAUGUGAAUAAUGUCAGAUCUGAGACCAACCGUUUGGAAAAAACGCUUCUGCGGUUCUGGAACAAAGCCAGUGCUGCCUUCGAUGAAGACUUGAAAAAGUGGGUGGUUAACUUGGACGACAAGCCUCUUAAGACGCCGUUGGGUAACAAGCUCGCCAUUCCAGAGCGUAAAGAACAACUAGCGCUUCUCGUGGCUAACGAAUGGGACAAUUUGUUGGACAUGAAGAUCAAGCCCACGAACUUGCCGUUGACGUCGUUGACUUCGAGAGCUAUUGACUUGAGCAACGUGUUUGAGACGGAAAAGCCCGACCCAAACAUGGUGAUCAAGAUUGGCGAUCUCCAGGACGUCAAACACGACUUAUUGAAGUAUUUGGACACGGACACCUGUCUCAUUUUUGCCACUGAGGACGAGUACGACGGCAAGCUUAGAAAGAGACAGAAGGAGUUGUACAAUGCCUUGAUUGAGGAGUACAACUCUUUCUUCACCGAGUUUGGUCGCCAAAAUGGCUUGUUGCCAUCCGAGAACCACAAAGUGCAAUUGCAGACUUUGGACUGUGAGACCGAUGGUCUUAGAGGAAACAGUCAGACUGCUGAAGACAGAGCUGUUGUGCUUGGCUGGCUUGAUAAGUUGCCCUUGUUUGACCUUGUGGCUCUUGAGAAGGCCAUUCUCACUUCCAAGUCGUUCCUCUGUGGUGUCACGAUUUUGAGAUCUAACGCUACGGAUGAAGCUACCAAAAAAGCUAUUUACCAGCCCAACAAGGCCAGUGAGCUGGAGUACUACUUCAAGGACAUUGAUGAGAUCACCGAGCUCGGUAACCUCGAGACGAUUUUCCAAACAGAGGAGUGGGGUGAAGUCGAGGAUACUCACGAUGUGGAUCAGGCCGAAUGGGGCAGAUCCCUUACUGCUGCUGCUCUUGUGUGUCGCUAA